AUGGCGCAGCACGCCUUUUCGGGCAACCUGGACCGCAUAGUCCAGAACCUGCGUUCAAAACAUGACGAUACGCGACAGAGGGCAGCUAACGACCUCCGAUCGCAGGUCGAACAGGCGCAUCGAGAACUCGCGCCCAACGUCUUCACCACAUACAACAACGAAGUAUACACAAAGAUUUCGAGCCUCAUCGUCACAGGUAGCGACUCGAACGAACGCAUCGGCGGAAUCCACGCGCUCAACGCCCUGAUCGACUUCCGCGGCGACGAUGCGGGCCAGAAGACGACGCGGUUUGCCUCGUACCUGAGGGCGGUAAUGCGGGGUCAGGACAUCACAGCCAUGGUGGUAGCAGCCAAGGCCCUGGGACGACUCGCAAAGCCCGGCGGUACGCUCACGGCGGAGCUGGUCGAGGCAGAGGUCAAGGGCGCCCUCGAGUGGCUGCAGCUGGAGCGUCUGGAGAAUCGGCGCUUCGCUGCUGUCCUCAUCCUGCGGGAACUGGCCAAGAACUCCCCUACCCUCAUGUACCAGUGGAUUGCGCAGAUCUUCGAGGUCAUCUGGGUUGCCCUGCGAGACCCCAAGGUCCUCAUACGAGAGAGCGCCGCCGAGGCCAUCAGCGCGUGUUUCGAGAUCAUUUCCCCCCGCGACUCACAGAUGCGACAGCUAUGGUUCGGCAAAGUCUACGACGAGAUCCUACGCGGCUUUACCAUCAACACGAACGAGGCCAUCCACGGCUCGCUCCUCACCAUGAAGGAGCUACUCGACAAGAGCGCCAUGUUCAUGAACGACCAGAAGUACAAGGAGACGGUUGAGCAGGUACUCAAGUACCGGGAACACCGCGACGCGCUGGUACGGAGAGAGGUGGUACUCAUUAUACCCAUUCUCGCUGGUUAUUCACCGACCGAGUUUGCGACCAAGUACUUACACCAGUGCAUGCUACAUCUCCAGGGUCUGAUCAGGAAAGAUCGCGACAGGGACAAGGCAUUCGUGGCUAUUGGGCAGAUCGCAAACGCGGUCGGAGUUGCCAUCACACCAUAUUUGGAGGGCAUCUUAGGCUUCGUACAGGAAGGUCUUAUCGCAAAGGCGCGAAACAAGGCCGCCAUCAACGAAGCACCAAUAUUUCAGUGUCUCAGUAUGGUUGCCGCAGCGGUUGGUCAGGCACUUACCAAGUCUGUUGAGCGGCUGCUGGACCCCAUCUUCUCUUGCGGGUUGAGCGACUCACUCUUCCAGGCCCUUGUGGACAUGGCGCACUACGUACCGCCAUCACGUCCCAUGAUCCAGGACAAACUGUUAGAUCUCCUCAGCCAGAUCCUUGCCGGACGACACUUCCUACCCCUUGGCAGCCCGUUCCAAGUUUCACAACCUCCACAGAUCUGGACACGCGACCACAAGGAUCCUCAAAUCAUCGCAGCACGAGAAGCUGAGAUCGCGCUGGCACUGCAUACGCUCGGUAGUUUCGACUUUACAGGCCACGUCCUCAACGAAUUCGUUCGUGAUGUCGCUAUUCGAUAUGUAGAAGCGGAUAGCUCUGAGAUCCGGAAGCGUGCCGCCCUCACAUGCUGUCAGCUCUUCGUCAAGGACCCGAUUGUUCACCAGACUAGUACCCACGCGACCAAGGUCGUUGGCGACAUUAUCGAAAAGCUCCUGACAGUAGGUGUCGGCGAUGUGGAUGCGGAAAUCCGAUGGGACGUCUUGAUGGCGCUGGACGCACGUUUCGACCGUCAUCUCGGAAAGGCAGACAACGUCCGCACGCUGUUCCUCGCUCUCAACGACGAGAUAUUCGCUAUCCGAGAAGCUGCAAUGUCCAUCAUCGGUCGCCUGACAGCUGUCAAUCCCGCUUAUGUAUUCCCAUCGUUACGCAAGGUCCUCCUACAAUUGUUGACUGAGGUCAACUAUGCCAACAGCCCACGCAGUAAAGAAGAGAGCGCCAAGUUGAUCAGUAGUUUGGUCGGCGCUGCGGACAGUCUCAUCAAGCCACUGAUAGAUCCCAUCGUCGAGGUCCUUCUACCCAAGUGCAAAGACACUAAUCCCGAGGUUGCUUCAACCACGCUCAAAGCUAUUGGCGACCUUGCAACAGUUGGCGGUGAGGGUAUGAUCAAGUACAUCAAGGAUCUCAUGCCAGUUAUCCUGGACUUCAUGCAAGAUCAGACAUCGGAUGCUAAACGCUUUUCGGCUCUAAAAGCUCUGGGGCAACUAGCGACAAAUGCCGGAUACGUAAUCGAACCAUACAGAGACUACCCAGAACUGAUGAACAUUUUGAUGAGUAUCGUCAAGACGGAACCAGAAGGUGAACUCAGGAGGGAGACUGUUAGGCUUAUGGGUACCCUUGGAGCCCUGGAUCCGGACGAGUACCAGAAGAUCAUGGAGCAGUCGCCAGACAAACAUCUCAUCAUGGAAGCGCAAGCCAUCACCGACGUCUCGCUCAUCAUGCAAGGCACGACUCCGUCAAAUGAAGAAUACUACCCGACAAUCGUUAUCAGCACGCUUAUGGGACUGCUUAAGGAUCCGUCCCUUGUACAGUACCAUACUGCCAUCGUCGAGGCUGUCAUGAACAUCUACGCGACGAUGGGUUUGAAGUGCGUCCCAUUCCUGAGCCAAGUCGUACCUGGCUUCCUCCACGUCAUCCGUUCGACGCCUGCUGGACGCUCCGAAGGUUAUUUCAACCAGCUUAGCCAGCUUGUUCGAAUCGUACGUCAGCACAUUCGGCCCUACCUGCCUAGCAUUCUUGCAACCAUCAAAGAGUACUGGAGUAGCAGUCCGCAGCUGCAAGCUACCAUUCUCUCUCUGAUUGAGGCUAUCGCCCGCUCACUGGAAGGCGAGUUUAAGGUCUACCUGGCCGAUGUUCUACCACUCAUGCUCAGCGUCCUUGAUUCUGAUAACACCAGCAAGCGACUGCCUUCAGAGCGAGUGCUGCACGCCUUCUUGAUCUUCGGCGCAAGUGCGGAAGAAUACAUGCAUCUGAUCAUCCCAGUGAUGGUGAACAUGUUUGACAAGCCAGGUCAACCGUUAGCGAUCCGAAAACAUGCCAUCGAAACACUAGGACGGUUAUCGAAGCAAGUCAACGUUUCCGAAUUCGCUGCGCGCAUCGUGCAUCCCCUCUGCCGAGUGCUUUCUGGCAGUGAACCAUCCUUGAAGCAGACUGCUCUCGAGACGCUCUGCGCACUUAUCUUCCAACUUGGUCCAGACUACAUUCAUUUCGUACCCACAGUCAAUAAGAUCCUCAUCGCGCACAAAGUUCCUCAUGAGAACUAUGGACGUAUUGUGUCAAAGCUACAGAAGGGCGAGCCUUUGCCUCAAGAUCUGAGCCCGGAUGAGCGAUAUGGCGAAGACGACGAAGACUUGAAUACUGCAGAGAUCUCUUCUAAGAAGUUGGCCGUCAACCAGCAGCAUCUCAAGCAAGCCUGGGAAGCUUCUAACAAAACUACCAAGGAAGAUUGGAUUGAAUGGAUGCGAAGAUUUAGUGUCGAGCUCCUUAGGGAGUCACCACAGCAGGCUCUACGCGCCUGCACACCCCUUGGUAGUGUGUACAACCCGAUCGCACGUACCUUGUUCAACUCGGCGUUCGUCUCGUGUUGGACUGAGCUGUAUGAUCAGUACCAGGAAGAGCUUGUUCGAUCUAUCGAGACUGCUCUUACAUCACCGAACAUCCCACCUGAGAUUCUACAAGUUUUGCUUAAUUUGGCAGAGUUUAUGGAACACGAUGACAAAGCUCUACCGAUCGAUGUGCGGAUACUAGGUAUGUACGCUGGAAAGUGCCAUGCUUUCGCCAAAGCGCUGCAUUACAAGGAGCUCGAGUUCAACGCGGAGCAGAAUUCCAGCGCUGUGGAAGCUCUCAUCAGUAUCAACAACCAGCUGCAGCAAACCGAUGCUGCGUUCGGUAUCUUGCGCAAGGCGCAGAACUACGCCGACGUUGAGUUGAAAGAGACCUGGUUCGAGAAGUUGCAGAAGUGGGACGAAGCACUUGCUGCUUAUCAGAGGCGUGAGCUUGAAGAACCCGAUUCUUUCGAUGUUACCAUGGGCAAGAUGCGCUGCUUGCACGCUUUGGGUGAAUGGGACCUGCUCUCUAGCUUAUCGAAGGAGAAGUGGGCCAAUGCAACGCAGGAGUAUCGUAAGGCGAUAGCACCGCUCGCUGCGACGGCCGCUUGGGGUCUGGGCAAGUUCGCAGAUAUGGACAACUACCUUGGUGUCAUGAAGGAACAAUCUCCUGAUCGCGCGUUCUUCGCCUCUAUUCUCAACAUCCACAACAACCGCUUUGAGAUCGCUGUUGACGAAAUCGCCAAGGCCAGGAAGGGUCUCGAUACCGAGUUGAGUUCGCUCCUAGGGGAGUCAUACCAGCGCGCCUAUCUCCCAAUGAUUCGUGUGCAGAUGCUGGCAGAGCUUGAAGAGAUCAUGCAGUACAAGCAGAACGACGGCAAUCUUGAGAAGCAAAGGAGCAUGCGCAAGACCUGGAUGAAGCGGCUUAGGGGGCUGCAACCAAACCCCGAGGUCUGGCAACGCAUGAUCAAGGUGCGACAACUUGUCAUCUCACCAAAAGAAGGCACCGAUAUGUGGAUCAAGUACACCAACCUUUGCCGUAAAAGCAACAGGAUGAACCUUGCAAACAAGGCGCUACAAAAGCUGCUGGACAUCGAGAGCACUGGCGAUAGCACUGUGGUUGAGUUCGUACGCAACAACGCUCACGAGAUCUCUCAUCCAGUCGCAUACACAACCUACAAGUACAUGUGGGCCGACCAAAACUACAAACAAGAGGCUCUCGAUAGUAUGAAGGACUUCACCGGCCGACUCUCCGAGGAUCUCGCAAUGCGAACUCGGGCUGCAGCCAACCCAAUGAUGGCGCAGAACGGAAUGAACGGUAUGUCCAAUGGCCAGCACAUGUUUACCAACAUGAAUCCCUUCGCUGCCACGAAUGGACACAAUGGAGUCAAUGGCAUGAAUGGCUCAAGCAUGUUAAACGGAUCAAACCUAGGUGUCUCGCCUACCGAAUUGGCUGAGAGUCAUCGUCUGCUCGCCAAGUGCUACCUCAAGCAGGGUGACUGGCAGCAAGAGCUUCAAGAUGGCGAGUGGGAACACGAGUUCGUCCACGAGAUCUUAGCAGCUUAUGCAGCUGCUACACGCUACAACAAAGACUGGUAUAAGGCCUGGCACGCUUGGGCUCUGGCCAACUUCGAGGUCAUCAAUUCGAUUACAUCCAAGUCCGACAGGGAGGCAACUGAAGUGCCUAAUAACAUCAUCCACGAUCACGUCAUCCCGGCUAUCCAGGGCUUCUUCAAGUCAAUCGCACUGUCUUCAACUAGUUCGCUGCAAGACACACUCAGGUUGCUUACCUUGUGGUUCAGUUAUGGUGGUAGGGAGGGAGUCAAUCGCACAAUCACCGAGGGCACGAAGUCGGUACCCAUUGAUACAUGGCUUGAGGUCAUUCCACAAUUGCUUGCUAGGAUCAACCAGCCCAACGCCGUGGUCAGGCAAUCGAUUCAUCAGCUACUCAUCGAAGUCGGCAAAGCACAUCCACAGGCUUUGGUUUUCCCAUUGACUGUCUCGAUGAAAUCAGACGUUUCGCGACGACAGCGAUCCGCUAAGGAGCUUAUGGAAGCUAUGCGCGAACACUCGCCAAAACUGGUCGAACAAGCCGAUCUUGUCAGUCAUGAACUUAUCCGUAUUGCCGUACUCUGGCACGAGCAAUGGCAUGAGGGUCUCGAGGAAGCCAGUAGGCUCUACUUCGGCGAUCAUAAUAUCGAUGGCAUGUUUGCCACACUCGCGCCACUCCACGCAAUGCUCGACAAGGGUCCGGAGACUUUACGGGAGAUUUCUUUCAUCCAGUCUUUCGGUCGCGAACUCCAAGAAGCCCGUGAUUGGUGCAACACAUUCAGGACUUCUGGUGAAAUUGGCGACCUCAACCAGGCAUGGGACCUCUACUACCAGGUGUUCCGCAAGAUCGCUCGCCAACUGCCGUCCUUGAUGACGCUUGAGUUGCAAUAUGUCUCACCGAAACUCAAGGAUGCGCACGACUUGGAGCUUGCUGUGCCUGGAACGUACCAAGUCGGCAAGCAGGUUAUCCGGAUCAUCUCGUUCGACCCGGUUGCAUCUGUAAUCCAGUCCAAGCAGCGACCCAGGAAGUUGGAGAUGCGCGGAAGCGAUGGCAAGGCGCAUACCCAUAUCCUCAAGGGCCACGAGGAUAUUCGUCAAGAUGAACGUGUCAUGCAACUCUUCGGUCUCUGCAAUACCCUGCUUUCCAACGAUGUGGAGUCACGAAAGCGACAUCUUAACAUCCAACGCUAUGCCGCGGUUCCACUUAGUACACAGUCCGGUUUACUUGGGUUUGUCCCUAACAGCGACACGCUCCAUGUGCUCAUCCGAGAGUAUCGGGAUAGUAGAAAGAUUCUUCUCAACAUCGAGCACCGUAUCAUGUUGCAAAUGGCGCCCGACUAUGACUGUCUCACACUUAUGCAGAAGGUCGAAGUCUUUGGCUACGCGCUCGACAACACUACAGGUCAAGAUCUAUACCGUGUCCUGUGGCUCAAGUCUAAAUCCUCGGAAGCCUGGCUUGAUCGUCGUACAAACUACACGCGUUCACUUGCCGUCAUGUCCAUGGUCGGUUACAUCCUGGGUCUCGGCGAUCGCCACCCUAGUAACUUGAUGCUGGAUCGCGUCACUGGCAAGAUCAUCCACAUUGAUUUUGGAGACUGCUUCGAAGUGGCCAUGCAUCGGGAAAAGUACCCCGAACGCGUACCAUUCCGAUUGACGCGCAUGUUGACGUAUGCCAUGGAAGUCAGUAAUAUUGAGGGUAGCUACCGGACGACUUGCGAGCACGUCAUGCGGGUGUUGAGGAGUAACAAGGAGAGUGUCAUGGCUGUGCUUGAAGCUUUCAUCCACGACCCCCUCCUAACCUGGCGCCUAAACCACCGCGACACCUCCCCCGUCGAACCCAACUACCCCUCCGAGCGUCGCCAAUCAAUCAUGGUCGGCGACCCCAACAACCCCAAUGGCAACGACCCCCACCAAAUGCCCAGCAUCGUCGGUCGACCCCGCCAUCGCUCUUCCGUCGCUCCUCCCCAGAACAACGACGUCGAUGCCAAGGAAGUGCAGAAUGCAAGGGCACUACAGGUCCUGUCCCGUGUCAAAGAGAAGUUGACAGGUAAAGACUUUGGCAAGGGCGAGGAAUUGAGGACGGAGAUGCAGGUCGAUAGGCUGAUCAAGGAGGCGACAAACUUGGAAAACUUGUGUCAGCAUUACAUUGGUUGGUGUAGUUUCUGGUAG